AUGGAAGAUGUAAUCACUGAGAAGCGUUUGCUCAACUCCCGUCUAAUAUACAGCAAUAUUGGCACUAUCGACACUGUUGGCACUGUUGGCGCUAUUGACACUGUUGGCACUGUUGGCGCUAUUGACACUGUAGACUAUACUGUCACUGUUGGCACUGUUGGCACUAUUGACACUGUAGACUAUACUGUCACUGUUGGCACUGUUGGCUCUACUGGCACUUUUUUCAGUGGUGACAUUCUUGGGGCGUUUUGCCGUGGUGAGCUUGUCUCUCCCUUGACUCUAAAGCCAUUUGUACCUUCAACAUCAACUUGUCCGACCAAAAGAGGGUUUUCAGAAGUAAAACAUAUCCAGACAAAAACAUUCAGUAUAUACUUCUAA